GUUGAAUGUGUAAAUAGUAAUUGUUAUACAAGAAGUCAGUGAUUAAAAAAAGUAUUUGCUCCACUCCUCCCUCUUCUCAGAAAACAAAAGUGAAACUUAACGCUGUCUCUCCUCCUGCAUGCAGCUGCGUUCAGAGUAAAACAUCUUGAGUGCUUUUGAAAAUAAAAGAACAAAAAUGGCGGAAUCUUCUGACAGUCAAAAUCCUUUCAACUGUCCGAUUUGUCUUCAUCUUCUGAAGAAUCCAGUCACCACAACUUGUGGUCACAGUUUCUGUAUGGACUGUCUUAAUGGAUUCUGGGAUGGGGACGAUCAGAAGGGAGUCUACAGCUGUCCCCAGUGCAGGCAUUCAUUCAGCCCAAGACCAGAUCUUUGCCGAAACAUUGUGCUGGCUGCAGUUGUAGAAGGAAUGAAGAUUAAAACACCAGAAAAAGAUGCACCAGAAAAAGCAUCCGUCUCUCCUGUUUUGAGUUUUGCCAUGUCUGUGGAUGUGGAGUGUGAUAUCUGCACUGAGACCAAACUAAAAGCCAUUAAAUCUUGUCUAGUGUGUUUGGCGUCUUACUGUGAAUCUCACAUCCAAACUCAUUAUACAUCUCCUGCGUUAAAGUGGCACAAAUUGGCCAAUGCCUCACCACGUCUACUGGACCAGAUCUGCUCUCAACAUCAUAAGCCUCUGGAACUGUACUGUUGUCAAGAUCGGCAGCUGAUAUGUAUGCAGUGUGCUCUGAUUAACCACCAGAACCACAGUAUGACUUCACCUGCGGCUGAACGACAAAACAUCCAGGAACAGCUAAAGUUAAAACGGGACGGUCUACAAGAGGAUGUGCUUCAGAGAGAGGUAAAGGUGAAGGAACUAAAACAAGCCAAGGACUUUUACAAGCGCUCUACACAGGCUGCAGUGGUUCACUGUGAGGAGAUGUUUACGGAGCAGAUCCACUCCAUGGGCAAACGACGAGCUGGGAUAACAAAAAUGAUCAGAGCUCAGGAAAACGUAGAAGUAAAUCGUGUUGAGGAUCUCAUACUUACUCUGGAGCAGGAGAUUAGUGACAUGAGGAAGAGACAUGAUGAACUGGGGCAGCUUUCACACAUAGAGGACAACAUCUGUUUCAUUCAGAAUUUCUCAUCUAUUUCCGACUACCAAUAUUCAAACCUGUGCGCCAUGUCCAUCAGCCAGCAUCUGACAUUUGAGCAAAUAGAAACAACUGUCAGUGAGCUGAAAAGCCAACUAGAUAAUCUCUGUGAACAAGACAUUGUGAGGAUAUCAGAGAAAGUUUCUGCUGUCCAAAUACUGGUGAAAAAUGAAAAAGCCACAAACUAUUUGCCAUCCCAGCCCAAGACCAGAGAAGAGUUCCUUAUAUAUUCCUCUGAUCUAAAUCUGAAUCCCUCAUCAUCCUGUAAUGGGCUUUCUGUGAACAGCAACAAGUCUGUGACAAGGAAUUAUACUCAACAGCACAACUUUUCAAACCAGGGAUUGUUUGGUUCACAGCCAAAUUAUUUCAGUUCAGAUACAUACCAGAAUUAUACAUACCAGGUAUUGUGUAAUGAAAGUCUGUCUGGACGCUGUUAUUUUGAAGUUCAGUGGGCAGGAAAAGGUUGUUCUAUUGCAUUCUCAUAUGACCAGUUUCUGCAAGGAGGGGGAACUUGUAGAUUUGGCUCUGACAACAGGUCCUGGAAAUGUGACUUUCCAACAGCAAAUGUUCUUGUAUGCCAUGAUAACCGACAGACUAGCAUUUCAUGGGUCUCUAAAAUUGGAGUGUUUCUGGAUCAGGAAGUAGGAACUGUGUUCUUUUACAAUGUCUCUGAUAAAAUGACCCUCCUGCACCAAAUCCAGACCACAUUCACUGAGCCCCUCUACGCUGGGUUUUCUUUUCAGGACUGGGAAGAUUACUCAUCUGUAACCAUUUGUGAUCUGCCAUCUGAAUUGCAAAAAUAGUAAAUCUCAGUAUUAAACAAGUCAUGGCUAGUGAAAGUUAGUAAACACAUAAUGGUUUCAUUACCAGAAAAAGGAAAAAAAAAAAAACUUAAAAUGCACAACAAAUCCUACGACAGUGUGUGAAUUAUUCUAUUCUAUUCUAAAACUAUAGUUUGUCCUGACCCAGAUUUUAUACUACGAUAAAUGUUUGUUAAUAGAUAGAAAAAGUUUACUCUGACUCUGCUAAACCCAAGUGUACUGUCGUGGACUUUGUGCCUGUUAUACUUUACUAAACAUCUUCAUUGAGAUCUUCAGCGUGUCCUAAUCAAUGCCAUGUUGUGCCAUGCAUUAUACUCCAGGUCUGUUAAAUGUUUAACCGCAAAGAGAAAGAAAUUCUCUGUCUAAUAACUGCAUCACUGACUGCUGGCAAAUGUCUUAAAUAUAAUUAAGACAAGAUUAUAUUAAAAUGUAAUGUUGAAAUACAAAACUUGAUCAAUGUUAUGUAGUAACUGUAGCAUAAUCAAAAUAAUUGGCAAUUGGUCACUGAAUAAUUAAAAAACGAAAACAUGCAUUUUAAUAUUGGUGGCAUUUACAAAACUGUAAUGGGCUAUCGAAAAAAUCUUCAUAGAUCUUCAUAGAAAAUCAAGCAUUUUUUCUUUUAUUAUUUGUUGUGGAUGUGUCAAAAGGUUGUUUGUUCUUAUAUUUUUUUGAGAUCCACUAAGUUUCAAAAAGUUUCACUUGCUGUUGUUGCUACUUUGUAUUUCCAAGCUUUUCAUUUGUUAGGAAUGGUGUCUCUGCUGUGGUGUUGUGAAUUUAAUGCAUUUCGCUCAAUAUUAAAAAUAAAUAUAAACAUCAUUAGUCUUGAUGUUGAUUUCUCCACCUGCAUGUAAUUGUUUUGAAGAUUGUUGUAUUUAUAUCAGAUUAAAUAGUUAUUGAAUGUU